GGUGACUUUGCGACCUUUGCGACGGUGCAGUCGUCGUGCGGCAGUGAGGAGAAGAUGGCGGAGGGAGACGCUGAAGCGGAGCUGCUGAAGGAGAAGGCGAACAAGUUCUUCAAAGAGAAAGACUAUGAAAAUGCAAUCAAGUACUACUCCGAGGCCGUGGACCUCAACCCAUCCAAUGCCAUCUACUACAGCAAUCGAAGCCUGGCGUACCUACGCACAGAGUGCUAUGGCUAUGCCCUGGCUGACGCUACGAAGGCCCUGGAGAUAGACAAAAAUUACAUUAAGGGAUAUUACCGCCGUGCCACCUCCAACAUGGCACUGGGCAAGUUCAAGGCUGCACUUAAAGACUACGAGACGGUAGUGAGGGUUCGACCAAAUGACAAGGAUGCAAGGAUGAAGUAUCAGGAAUGUAACAAGAUCGUGAAACAGAAGGCUUUUGAAAGAGCCAUUGCCAGCGAUGAGAUAAAAAAGUCUGUUGUUGACUCGCUGGACAUUGAAAACAUGACGAUUGAGGAUGACUACGUAGGCCCCAAACUUGAAGAUGGGAAGGUCACAUUGACGUUCAUGAAGGAGAUGAUGGAUUGGUUCACAGACCAGAAGAAACUGCACAGAAAGUGUGCUUACCAGAUUUUGGUGCAGGUUAAAGAUGUUCUAUCGAAACUACCAAGUCUUGUUGAAAUCACAUUAAAAGAGACAGAAAAAAUAACUAUUUGUGGUGACACACACGGGCAGUACUACGAUCUCCUCAACAUCUUCAAGUUGAACGGUUUACCUUCAGAAACCAACCCUUAUCUGUUCAAUGGUGACUUUGUGGAUCGCGGCUCUUUCUCUCUUGAGGUCAUUCUCACUCUCUUCGGCUUCAAGCUGCUCUACCCCGACAACUUCCACUUGCUCAGGGGUAACCAUGAGACAGACAACAUGAACCAGAUGUAUGGAUUUGAAGGGGAAGUCAAAGCCAAGUACACAGCCCAGAUGUUCCAGCUGUUCAGCGAGGUCUUCCAGUGGCUGCCUCUUGCACAGUGUAUCAACAGCAAAGUACUGAUUAUGCAUGGUGGACUGUUCAGCGAAGAUGGUGUCACAUUGGAAGACCUCAGGAAGAUUGACAGGAACAGACAGCCUCCAGACUCAGGUCCCAUGUGUGACCUCCUCUGGUCAGAUCCACAGCCUCAGAAUGGCCGGUCCAUCAGCAAGCGGGGAGUGAGUUGUCAGUUUGGGCCAGAUGUGACGGAGCGCUUCCUGGAACAGAACAAGCUGGACUUCAUUGUGCGUAGUCAUGAGGUCAAAGCUGAGGGCUACGAGGUCACUCAUUCAGGGAAGUGCAUCACCGUGUUCUCAGCACCCAACUACUGUGAUCAGAUGGGAAACAAAGGAGCUUAUAUCCACCUCAGGGGAUCCGACCUCAAGCCAGAAUUUCACCAGUUCACUGCUGUGCCUCAUCCAAAUGUCAAGCCCAUGGCGUACGCUAACACGCUAAUGCAGUUGGGGAUGAUGUAGAGGCCCACCUAAUCUGUCUGUGACACUGACGACCUCCCAUCUGACCUGAACCAUCCCACCUCACUCCCUCCCGUGCUCGGACAUGCUCUCGUUCAUGCUUAGCCUAAGGGGAUCCCUCUCCCCGACAAACUUCCACUAGUUGUACGCAGAAAGCACGCGGUGUAGUUGAGAUGGGAAGAGAUCACGUACACCAGCCCAGUUCAGAACUGGGUAUGUUCCUUCAUGUUUAUUGCUCAAAACUGGAAAAAUCCCCUUUCCAUUGUCCAUUUACCCACUCCAUAUUUGUCCCAUCACUGGGUAGAAACCAGCCCUGAGAAUUUCAGAUGGAGCUGCUUGGUUUUUAAAUGUCGGAUGUACUUUUGACAGAUGGGAUGAAAUAGCUGGUAUGUACCAAAGAUUUGUAAUGAAAAUGAUUGUUCAGUUUUUACAAGGAUCAUCUUGUGACUCUGAAGCCUAGCAUUGUACUGUUGGCCUGUGUACACAGCUUAGAGCAUUGUAAACUGGCUUAGGAGCAGCAUGUCUAUCAGUGUUAAUAAUAAUGAUAAUAAUAAUAAUAAAAAAAGAAUAAAUAACUGACAUGUUGUGGCGUACAACAUGUCAGUUAUUAUUUUAUUUCAUUUUACAGGAAUACAAAAUAUGGUUACAUGUAUCAUCCCAGUCCCCAAAAAUAGAUCGAUUGUUUCUGGAUACACUCUUAAAGGUGCUGUUUGCCAUUAGUGGUGUAUUUACUUGGUUCGGUCAUGUAGCUGGUAACAUUUAUUUUGCACUGCUUCCCAUUGAGGAAGAUACUGCUGCUCUCCAUGUUUUCAUCCUUGACAGUCAUUGUGCCGCUCACCUGGCAGCUCCCGCACAGUCUACUCUCCAAACUAGCUUUGGUGUAAGGCAAACACUGAUGGCACUCUAGUCUCCAAUACGUGUUUGAUUACUGGUGACCUAUUACCCCCCCAUCUGUGGAUUUCUUCUUCAGUACUCAGACGUCCGAAAUGCAAUCCUGUCUUGAAACGCACAGCUGCAUUGUCCAGUGGCCCUCAACUUUUUAGAUAAAGAAAUACACUAACGUGUAUGUAUAUAUACUGUAUCAUUUAAAGAUUCCGUGUAAUGUUUGGAGAAAAUUAUUGAAUAAAAAAAUGCAGUCCAGUGAUUUUAGA